AGUACGCGGGAAACGUCUGCUUGUCUUCUGCGGUUAAAAGAAGUGUCUUGAGAUGAGACCAACGGUGGUUUUAACGUGUUCAGUCCUAUUUUACUAUCUGGAGAUUGUACAUUCCCGAGGUGUCCAUGGAAAGCAAGAAUGGCCGAUUCCUUACAGGCGAUUUGAUUAUCGACCCGCUGCGGACUCGUACUGUGAAGCCAUGUUCCCCUUCUGCCCCACCGGCGACAGGGAUGGUCGGAUCCCCUACAUGAAUAACUGGGAUAUCAUCUCGCUAUUUCGAAUGCAAGCUCCGGUGUGGGAGUUUAAAUAUGGAUCAUUGCUGGGGAAAAUGCAUAUCAUGCAUGAUGCCAUUGGGUUCAGCAGUGCUGAAACGGGGAGAAACUACACCAUGGAGUGGUAUGAACUCUUCCAGCUGGGCAACUGCACCUUCCCUCACCUGAGACGUGAGACUAACAACCCCUUCUGGUGCAACCAGGGAGCUGCAUGCUUCUUUGAGGGGAUUGAUGACGUCCACUGGUCUGAGAAUGGCACCUUGGAGAAAGUGGGAGAGAUCUCAGGUGGCCAGUUCAACGAGAUGGCCUUGUGGGUCCAGGGCGACAACCAGACUGGGAUUUAUUAUGAGACGUGGACGGUCCGCUCAGACCCCGGCCCCAACGCCACCGUGUGGUUUGACUCCUACGACUGCUCCCAGUUCGUCCAUCGCACCUACAGGUAUCUUACUCAGCAGGGAGCCAAGCUGUCCAGCCGAUCCCAGACCAACUACACUAAGAUCUACCUGUACAGUGGGGAGCCGACCUACUUGGGGGACGAUGAUUCUAUCUUCCGGGUGCCUUCUGCGAAGACCCUGGCCGACGACAUCCGGAAGUUCUAUCACCCUUUCCGACCUCACCAGUCGUACAUGGACUUUGUCCUCAGUCUUGCGGAGGCUUAUCAGAAGGUGGUAGAGGAGAAGAGCUUCUACUUGUACUAUAACUUUGAAUAUUGGCACUUACCCAUGAAAUCUCCGUAUGUGCAGAUCACGUACGAGGAAGUGCCUUUGCCGUAAGGCCACAAUUUGUAAUUGGGUUAUCAGCCAAACGGCAGCCGAGCCACUUUGCAAUAAAGCUGAGGGAUGGGGCUGGAAAAUAUGUUACCACUCAGUCAGAUGGAGCUAUGGAUUGAAGGACUAUCGUUAAUUGAACUUGCCAUUCAUUGAACAGCAAUUUUAACUUUGUCACAUGCGCCGAAUACAACAACUGUAGACCUUGAUGCUUACUUAGAUGCUUACUUACAAGCCCUUAACCAACAGUGCAGUUCAAGAAAGACUUAAGAAAAUAUUCACCAAAUAAACUAAAGUAAAAAAUCAUAAAAAGUAAC